AUGCUUCAAUCCUAUACACGAAUACCUAUAAGACGGCCUGUGAAUCCAUCUACAUUGAUACGAGCUCUAAACCAAUGUUAUCCUUAUUCCACUUCAAAUAGUUACAAUCAUAUUAUACCACCUCCUCCUACACUGAAACCAUUUCCCAAGGCAUAUAAUCCAGAACUAGUAGAGCAAAAAUGGUAUGACUGGUGGCUUCAAACUCGAGCAUUCGAACCUGAAUUCACCGCAGACGGUAAAAUAAAACCAGAAGGAUUAUUUUGUAUUCCUGCUCCUCCACCAAAUAUAACUGGUGCGUUACAUAUUGGCCAUGCUUUAACUAUAUCUAUACAAGAUUCAUUAGUACGGUAUUAUCGAAUGAAAGGCAAGACUGUCCUGUUUUUGCCCGGAUUUGAUCAUGCUGGUAUCGCUACACAAUCUGUUGUUGAGAAGCAAAUUUGGAGACAAGAGAGGAAAACUAAGUAUGAUUACGGUAGAGAGGAAUUUGUUAAAAAGGUUUGGGAUUGGAAGGAAAUUUAUCAUGAAAAGAUAAAGAAUCAAGUGAAGCAAUUAGGUGCUUCUUAUGAUUGGAUUAGAGAAGCAUUCACCUUGGAUCCAAAGUUAUCAAGUGCAGUUGUGGAAGCUUUCGUAAGGUUACAUGAUGAAGGUGUUAUAUACCGUGCAUUGAGGUUAGUCAAUUGGUCUACUAAAUUGAGUACAACAAUUUCAAAUCUAGAAGUGGAUAACAGGAUAAUUCCUGGAAGAACGUUAAUUCCUGUUCCUGGAUAUGAAAAAAAAAUUGAAUUUGGUGUCCUGACAUAUUUUGCCUACCGUGUAGCAGGGAGUAAUAAUGGCGAACAACUGAUUGUAGCUACAACAAGACCUGAAACAAUACAUGGUGAUACUGCAGUAGCAAUUCAUCCAGAUGAUCCUCGCUAUAUACACUUGCAUGGUAAAUCCGUUCAACAUCCUUUCUUAGAUAAAAAAUUACCUAUUAUAUUGGACGAUAAAAUUGUUGACAUGGGAUUUGGCACAGGUGCUGUGAAAAUUACACCUGGCCAUGAUUUCAAUGAUUAUGAAGUUUCUACUCGCCACGAUAUCGAUGUAGUAAAUAUUUUAACUGAAGAUGGGAAAUUAAAUUCUAAUUGUGGUCCCAAAUGGGCUGGCAUGAAGAGAUUUGACGCCAGAGAAAAAAUAAUUGAAGAUUUGAAAGAACUAGGAUUAUUUAUCAAACAAGAAGGACAUGAAAUGACCAUUCCAAUAUGUUCAAGAUCUGGGGAUAUCAUCGAACCUAUGUUGAAGCCCCAAUGGUGGGUUUCUCAAAAACAAUUGGCUAAAGAUGCAAUGGAUGUUAUUAAAAAAGGUGAGAUUAAAAUGUGGUCGAACCGAACCAAAUCAGAAUAUCUUCGCUGGUUAGAAAAUAUUCACGAUUGGUGUAUUUCAAGACAAUUAUGGUGGGGACAUCGAUGCCCUGUUUAUUUUGUGAAUAUAGAAAAUAAAGAUAAUUCAAGAGAAGAUGGUAAUUAUUGGAUCGCUGGUAGAUCACAUGAUGAAGCUUUAAUUAAGGCAAAGAAGAAAUUUCCCAGUGAAAAAUUCACGCUGGAACAAGAUGAAGAUGUAUUGGAUACAUGGUUUUCUUCUGCAUUAUGGCCAUUUUCGACUUUGGGCUGGCCUCAAAAGACGAAAGAUAUGGAACAAUUUUAUCCUUUCUCUAUAUUAGAAACAGGUUGGGAUAUUUUAUUCUUUUGGGUAACUCGUAUGAUAUUACUAGGUAUUAAAUUAACAGGAUCUGUGCCUUUCAAAGAAGUUUAUUGUCAUUCGUUGAUACGUGAUAGCCAAGGGCGUAAAAUGUCAAAAUCAUUGGGUAACGUCAUUGAUCCCCUAGAUAUUAUUCAUGGUGUAACGCUAAAGGAAUUGAAUGCCAAAACUGUAAAUAGUAAUUUAUCAGAAAAGGAAGUGAAGCGUGUCAUAAGAGAACAACAAAAGAUAUAUUCACGUGGUAUACCACAAUGUGGUACAGAUGCCUUAAGGUUUACACUUUGUGCGUAUACUACUGGGGCUAGGGAUAUCAAUCUUGAUCUGUUGAGAGUAGAAGGUUAUAGGAGAUUUUGUAACAAAAUAUACCAAGCUACUAAUUUCGCUAUAUCAAGAUUAAAUAAUAAUUAUAUCCCCAAAUUGAACAAUAAAAACCUGACGGAAUGUCACCGAUUAGUUGAAAAAUGGAGUUUAUAUCAAAUGAAUAAUUGUGCGAAAGUCAUGAACGAAAGUUUUGAAGAAAGAAAUUUUCUCACAGGCACCACUGCUAUUUACCAAUAUUGGUAUAUGAUUUGUGAUGUGUAUAUUGAAUACUUCAAAUCGUUACAUCAUACAAACGAUGCUAUAAAGAUGGAUUUAGCUAAGGAUGUGCUAUAUGAAUUGAUAAAGAAUGGAUUAAAGAUGAUUCAUCCAUUUAUGCCUUACAUUUCUGAGGAAUUGUGGCAAAGAAUUACAAGAAAUGGGGAAUUUGAAAAAUGUGUUACAAUUACGAAGGCAUCGUACCCAAUAUACGACCCAACGAUAGCAAAUUAUUUUGCAGACGCACAAAUAUAUGAUGUGAUAUUAAAUACUACAAAAGCUAUUCGUUCACUAUUAUCUGAAUAUAAUAUUAUUAAAAAUGGUCAAAUCUAUAUUAGUGUUCAAGACGAUGAUGAGACUACUUCUGCCUUCGUCAUGGAGAAGGAAGCGUUGGUUUCUAUGAUAAAGGGCCUCUCUGAUAUAGCGAUACUUUCAAAUAGUUCAGAAAAUAUCGUUUUGAAUGAUUGUGUUAUGAAGUCAGUCAAUGAUAAAGUAAAGAUAUACUUAUUGGUGAAGGGACAGUACGAAGAUAUUAGAAAAGAAAUCGAGAAAAAUCAAAAGAAACUGAAAAAAUUGGAAGGGAUAAAAGAAAACCUUAAGAGAACCUUAUCGAACUCUGAGUUUCUGAAAAAAGCCACAAUGGAAGUACAAAGAAUCAAUAAAGAAAAGUUGACUAAUAUUCAAGGUCAAAUACUUGGCCUACAAACAACUGUAAAUAAUUUAAAAAGGUUCCAAGACGAUAGAUAA